GCGGAGAGGACUGAAAGGCCGCGUUCAAGCCAUCUUGGUGUCUAUAGCUUUGGCUCCUCCCCCUCCCCUCGAACCCUCCAUCUCCAAGAACUCUCAACGAUGGCGAUGGCCGGUUUACAGAGGCUGACAACCAAAAUCUACCGGAACCCUUCAAUCUCUCUCUACUCCAAAGCCAUAAUCACUAGAUCCUUUGCUUCUGCUUCUGCUUCUUCUUCUUCUUUGUCUUCACCCUCAUCAUCCAAGAAAGUCUCCGAUCGAAUCGUGAAGCUCUUCGCGAUCGAUCUCGAUGGCAAGAAGCGCGAGAUCGUUGGGCUCUCGGGCCAGACCCUACUCAAAGCCCUGACCAACAAUGGCCUAAUCGAGCCGGAGUCGCACAGGCUGGAGGAGAUCGACGCUUGCUCCGCCGAGUGCGAGGUCAGCAUCGCCCAGGAAUGGCUUCAGAAGCUUCCUCCACCGUCCUACGACGAACAGUACGUUCUACGCCGGAAUUCUAGGAAUAGGGUACUCAACAAGCACUCCAGGCUGGGCUGCCAGGUCGUCCUCACGUCCGAGCUCCAUGGGAUGGUUGUGGCGCUGACCGAGCCCAAACCCUGGGACAUCCCGUAAGGGGGGAUUUUUCAUAUCGAUCCUGUAAGAAUUUCUCAACGAAUUUUAGGGCUUUGAAUUGAAUAAUGUGAACUCUUUUGAACGAUGCGGUCUUUUUGCGGUCAAGUUCAUGUGACAAUUUGUAUAAGACUCUUUCCAGUUUCGCAUUUGAAUUCUUAAAAGUUAAUGCUUUGUGGUAA